AUGCCCCUGGCCACUUUGUCCCCAGUGUUACUGUUCCUAGUGUUACUGUCCCCAGUGUUACUGUCCCCGGUGUUACUGUCCCCCGGUGUUACUGUCCCCGGUGUUACUGUCCCCAGUGUUACUGUCCCCGGUGUUACUGUCCCCAGUGUUACUGUCCCCGGUGUUACUGUCCCCCAUGUUACUGUCCCCGGUGUUACUAUCCACAGUGUCCCCAGUGUUACUGUUCCUAGUGUUACUGUCCCCAGUGUUACUGUCCCCGGUGUUACUGUCCCCGGUGUUACUGUCCCCGGUGUUACUGUCCCCGGUGUUACUGUCCCCAGUGUUACUAUCCCCAGUGUCCCCGGUGUUACUGUCCCCGGUGUUACUGUCCCCAGUGUUACUGUCCCCAGUGUCCCCGGUGUUACUGUCCCUGGUGUUACUGUCCCCAGUGUUACUGUCCCCGGUGUAACUGUCCCCGGUGUUACUGUCCCUGGUGUUACUGUCCCUGGUGUUACUGUCCCCAGUGUUACUGUCCCCGGUGUAACUGUCCCCGGUGUUACUGUCCCCAGUGUUACUAUCCCCAGUGUCCCCGGUGUUACUGUCCCCGGUGUUACUAUCCCCAGUGUCCCCGGUGUUACUGUCCCCAGUGUUACUGUCCCCAGUGUUACUGUCCCCAGUGUCCCCGGUGUUACUGUCCCUGGUGUUACUGUCCCCAGUGUUACUGUCCCCGGUGUAACUGUCCCCGGUGUUACUGUCCCCAGUGUUACUAUCCCCAGUGUCCCCGGUGUUACUGUCCCCGGUGUUACUGUCCCCGGUGUUACUGUCCCCGGUGUUACUAUCCCCAGUGUCCCCGGUGUUACUGUCCCCAGUGUUACUGUCCCCAGUGUCCCCGGUGUUACUGUCCCUGGUGUUACUGUCCCCAGUGUUACUGUCCCCGGUGUAACUGUCCCCGGUGUUACUGUCCCCAGUGUUACUGUCCCCGGUGUUACUGUCCCCGGUGUUACUAUCCCCAGUGUCCCCGGUGUUACUGUCCCCAGUGUUACUGUCCCCAGUGUUACUAUCCCCAGUGUUACUGUCCCCGGUGUUACUGUCCCCGGUGUUACUGUCCCCGGUGUUACUGUCCCCGGCGUUACUGUCCCCAGUGUUACUGUCCCCGGUGUUACUGUCCCCAGUGUUACUAUCCCCAGUGUUACUGUCCCCGGCAUUACUGUCCCCAGUGUUACUGUCCCCGGUGUUACUGUCCCCGGUGUUACUGUCCCCAGUGUUACUGUGUUCAUUAGAUGAUACAGUGGCUGAGGGCCCAGGAGAUAGAUGUUUUAUUGUAUGGUUAUAUUGCAGUAGACACUCCUGAUGUUACAGAUAGCCCUAUAUGCCAACCUUUCACAUAUCAACACAAGCCAUCGGCCUCUACGGUGUGAAACUGGAUACAACGCCAAUACAAAACACAAUGACUACCAAUCACAAUAUUUGUUAAAUUUCUGAUAUUUGACCUUUAGAGAUUGUUCCAAUUAUCUAGUCCAUACGUGUACAACCAUUGGUACAUGGUUGGCAGUUACCAUCACGUAUUUACCAUCACUCAACUUCUGAAAUCAGAUACAGGCAUAUCAAUUUCUUGUUCCCCAAUCAUUAUAAAAGUAGCGUUUCCAGAUAACAUUAUAAUAUGGUACGUCAUCAUUACAUGUACAGCAAUGACAUGUACUACAGCAAUGACAUGUACUACAGCAAUGACAUGUACUACAGCAAUGACAUGUACUACAGCAAUGACAUGUACAGCAAUGACAUGUACAGCAAUGACAUGUACAGCAAUGACAUCAGAUCUAGAUAAUACAAUGGGAGUUUCAUGUCAGACAUUUUUUCAGAUUUGAACCCCUUCAGGAUUGAUAUUUUUUUUUACAUUUUAACCCUUUCCGGAUUGAUUUUUUUUU